GCACCAUGGACGCCACUAAGCAAGUGAUUAACUUUGGGCCCGGGCCUGACAAGCUGCCACACUCGGUAUUGUUAGAGAUACAGAAACAGCUACUAGACUACAAAGGACUUGGCAUCAGUGUGCUUGAAAUGAGUCACAGGUCGUCAGAUUUCACCAAGAUUAUUGGCAACACAGAGAAUCUUGUGAGGGAAUUGCUAGCUGUUCCCAACAACUACAAGGUGAUCUUUGUACAAGGAGGUGGGUCUGGACAGUUCAGUGCUGUCCCCUUAAAUCUGAUUGGCCUGAAACCUGGAAGGUGUGUGGACUAUGUGGUGACCAGAGCUUGGUCAGCUAAGGCUGCGGAAGAAGCCAAGAAAUUCGGGACUGUGAACAUUGUCCACCCCAAACUUGGAAGUUAUAACAAAAUUCCAGACCCAAGCACUUGGAACCUCAACCCAGACGCCUCUUAUGUGUACUUCUGUGCGAACGAGACUGUCCAUGGGGUGGAGUUUGACUUCAUACCUGACGUCAAGGGAGCAGUGCUGGUCUGUGACAUGUCUUCAAACUUCUUAUCUAGGCCAGUGGACAUUUCCAAGUUUGGUGUGAUUUUCGCUGGUGCUCAGAAGAACGUUGGCUCUGCUGGGGUGAUGGUGGUGAUUGUCCGUGAUGACCUGCUGGGGUCCUCCCUCAGAGAGUGCCCAUCAGUCCUUGACUACAAAGUGCAGGCUGGGAACAACUCUUUGUAUAACACACCUCCGUGUUUCAGCAUCUACGUCAUGGGCAUGGUCCUGGAAUGGAUCAAGAACAAUGGCGGGGCCACAGCCAUGGAGAAGCUCAGCUCCAUCAAAUCUCAAAUGAUUUAUGAGAUCAUUGAUAAUUCUCAAGGAUUUUAUGUGUGUCCAGUGGAGCGCCAGAAUAGAAGCAGGAUGAAUAUUCCAUUUCGCAUCGGCAAUGCCAAAGGAGACGAGGCUUUAGAAAAGCGAUUUCUUGAUAAGGCAGUAGAACUCAACAUGAUCUCCUUGAAGGGGCACAGGUCAGUGGGAGGCAUCCGUGCCUCUCUGUAUAAUGCUGUCACAACUGAAGAUGUUGAGAAGUUGGCUGCCUUCAUGAAGAAUUUCUUGGAGAUGCAUUAGCUCUGAACAGGACCAGCCACACUCUUGCCUGUGUGCAACAUGCAG